AAUGUAAUCAAAAUAUUACCUAAAAUGAUGCAAAAAUUCACAUCAGAGUACAUUCAGUUAGCGUAAUGAUGCUCAUAACCUAGCAUGGAACAGCUACUUCAGUAAUAAUUUUUGUUUGCGUGUAAAAGAAGUAGAUAGGAUAACACAAUGACAGAUUUUAAGAAGAUGAAGGGAGUUAUAUUUCUGUUGGGAUUUUUACUUGCUGCGGCUGACAGCAAAGGGAACAACUGGUCUCAGCAAAGUGCAAAUAGAUGGCAACCUUCAGAUGCUGCAUCAGACCGUGGCUGGAAUUCUGGUGGUAUGCAGGUGAAAGAUGCUGGAAAUUGGAAUGGUAUAGAAAAUCAUCAAGACAAUCGGGGAUGGAGCCAAGAUACACAAAUAAGAAAUAUAGGAAAUAAUGGACAGGGCAAUCAAUGGCAACCAUCUUCUCAAGGAUGGUCUGAGGGUGAUUUGCAAAGGAAAGUUGGUGGAAAUCAAAACUAUGGAAGGAAUGACCAACCUCCUCAAAGAAUGUGGAGUACACAUGACUCUCAAGUAAAAGAUUCUGGAAGGUGGAAUUCCGGUGAAAAUCGCCAUGAUUGGGGAAAUCAGGAUUCGCAAUAUCAGGAUGGCGCAGAACUUCAACAAACUAAAGUAAACUGGAAUCCUUCUGAUUCUCAAGUAAAAGACUCAGGAAGGUGGGAUACUGGGAACAACCAAGGAGGAUCAGGAAACUUUGGUCCGUCAGAUUCUCAAAGAAAAGAUUCAGGUGGUUGGAAGUCUGAUGGAAAUUAUCCUUCCCAAGGAAAUUUCGACCCAAAUGAUGCACAAGUCAAAGAUUCAAAUAGAUGGAACGAUGGUGCAAAUCAGCAACCUGCUGGACCUUUUGUACCAAACGAUGCUCAAGAAAAAUCUCCUGGACCAUGGACUGGUAAUAACAAUCAACAAAAUCCUGGAAACUGGAAUCCCGCUGAUGGUCAAGUGAAAGAUAAUGAAAUAUGGAACAAAGAAAAGACAAACCAGGGUGAUGGAUCAAGGUGGAGUCCAGGAGAAGGACAAAUGAAAAUAAAUGAAGGUUGGAAUCAAGAGGUUAACACGGAUGCUCCGAGAGGACAAUGGGACCAAAAUCAAGGCUCAAAUAUACCUGGUCUAACCGAAGGUGCCCCUGUAGAAGGUAAAUGGAAACCAGACGAAGCAUCUGGUCCAGCUGUAGGAGGUCAGUGGCCUGCAGUUCAAGACGAUAUCAGCAAACCACCGAUUGACCAAGUUCCAGCGAUAGAUAUUAACCAAGGAAAUAAUCAACCAGGGGAAGUAGGAAUACCAGAUAGUGACUAUGGAACUGGGGGAAAUAGAGAUAUGGGUGAUACUGGGAUGUUGCCAGAAGGCUUUCCACCAAGAGUUCCUCAGGGAAAUUACAAAGGAGGUGAUACUAGCAGAUAUCCUGGGGAUGAUCCAAGUCAGUGGAGACUAGAAGAUUCCAUUCCUGGAACACCUGGAGUUGAUUAUCCAAAUUACAGCACGAUUCCCCAAACAAGUUUCGAUUGCAAACAACACGAAAAUCCGGGAUAUUACGGUGAUGUAGAAGCUCAAUGUCAGGUAUUCCAUAUUUGCCAAGCUGAUGGUCGUCACAAUUCCUUCCUGUGUCCCUUGGGAACAAUAUUCAAUCAACAGUAUUUUGUUUGCGUUUGGUGGUUCAAUUAUGAUUGUGAGGACACAACUAUGUACUACAAUCUGAACGCGGAUCUGUACAAAGGAGGACAUGGUGGACAAGGAAAUUUUAAAGGUACUCCAGUUGGGGCAGAAGGACCUACUGGUGGUUCUGGAGUAGCUACACCCCAAUCUAUCAAUACUGGGGUCAUUUCAGAUGUAGGACGCACUGAUUACGGAAGAGGUGGACAAGUCGAUUCAAUAAUUCCACCAGGAGUUGGUGUAAACAAUGUUGGACAGGCUGGAGUGGUAGAACCAAUUCCUCCACCAGUAGUGGGGCCAGCAAUACAGCCUGAAACUUAUGGACCAAAUGAAGUGGCAAGACCAGAUACUUUUCGCCCUCCAAUCGAUCAGCCAGUGAAUGUACCGAACGUAGAAAGUCCAAAGCCUUAUAAUAACGAUGGAAUAAAACCAGACGUCGGAAUUGAAGCUGGUGGUCGAGAUAUUGGAUAUGGGCAAGGUGGACAAAAUAAUGGUUAUGGACAAGGAAAUACUGCUCAAGAUAGUGGUAAGAGAAAUUGGGGAGAUGGGAAUCAAUCUGGUAAAAGAAACUGGGGUGUGAAAGGUGGUCCUGUUGACGGAAAUCAAGGAGGAAGAUGGAAUCCCGAUGGAAAUGUAAUGAGAGGAGAUUGGGGAAAUGAAAAUUCUAAAAAAGGAGGAUAUGUUAAAGGACGUAAGGCAAGAAGCUGGGGAAGUGGUGAUACAUAUGAUAGUGAAUUAGAUAAAAGGUGGGGAUCUGAUAAUUCAGAAAUCGCAUUGGAUGGCCAAGAAGGUAACUGGAUGAAAUUGGAAGAAAUACCACCACCAUUGAAUUCAAACACAAAUGCCAGAGCUGAACUAUACGAAAAUGAGGCUCAAAAUCAAAACUGGAAUGCAAGAGCAGCUGAAGAACAGAAAGAAUUCGUUAAUGAACCGCCAGUAGGUGGACAACGUAAUGAAUGGAAAGCAAAAGAAAAUAUUUUGGAACCUUUUGAAGGUGACGGAAGUUGGUCUAGUAACGAAAAUCGAAAUAACUUACAGGAAAUUGGUAAUAAACCGGAAGCACCGAGCAGGAAAUGGCGAACCAUAGAGGAUUCAACCAGAACAGCACUUCUUCAAGAGGCACGAACACCGAGAAAUAACUGGUGGCGAGACACUUUGGAGAAAAAUGUAAAUAAAAGUCAGGAAGGCUGGAAAGAAGACCCGAAUGAUUCGAUCCAGGCAAUUAAUAAUGUACAAGAUGCAAAAGACACUCCUCAUACUUACGGCAACUGGAGAAGUUUGAAUAAUAAUAAUUAUUACGAUCAUGACAAAGAUUAUAGUUCUGAAAGGAAUUCAGAACAACAAAACUGGACUAACUAAAUAAAAAAGAAUCUGUAGAUUUUUUUUGUUAUGAACAGAGACAAUGCUUUCGUUAAAUGAGCUAGAAUGAUGUAGAUUUCUAAAAAAUCUGAUCUAUUUAAUUUUAUCACUCAAACAUACCCCCUCCCCCCUCAAAUACUUAGAAGAGUCUUAGAAUUAAGUUGAGAAAACAUGGUUCCUUAAAUUCAGAAGAAAUGACAGCGUAUUGUGUAUUGCUUACGUGCAUACUGGUCUUGAGUAUUUUAUUUUUAUAUAAUGGUGUGCCUGUUAUAUCUAGGAUUAUAGAGAUAGGUAAAAAGAUAUAUAUUGAUAAAGGAAGUGAAAUUGAAAGAUUGUGCCACACAUGCUAUAAUCGUUAAUCAUUUCUCUUUCUCCUAAGAAAGAGAGAAUGACAAUGACAACUAGGUUUAUAAAAUUGCUUAAAGAAUUCAGACAUAUAAGCUUAAAAUAUUUCUUAGAUGAAAAAUAUAUAUUUAAUUUUUCAGGAAUAUUGUUCUAUUUAUCAUUCUUCGAGACAACACCUUAAGUCUACUGAAAAAAAAAUUACUAGAGUUCCAACUGCCAUCUGUUGUCUUUCGUUAAUAAAUCACAAUAAAAUUAUAGCCCUCCUUAGAAAAUUGUUUCUAAAGAUUCUCGAAAAGAUUAAGCAUGGAUUAAGAUCCAUGCGUUAAACAAUUGGUGUUUUAACUGGCCUUAUGUCUGCAGUUUUACUUUUGAUAAUUUUAUUUUUUAUAUACAGAAUUUAUUUAAAUAUUCUGGAGUACAUUAUAUCUUUUAAACGUUUGAG